AUGAGGAGUGUCGAGGGUAAAGCUGAAGUGAGAGCCGAAGCUGCUUUCAAAACUGAAGAUGACCUCAUUGAAUCUAUAACAUCUCCCACAGGGACACAUCGCCCUGUGUGUCGUCCUUCCAAACCUGCGAGUUUCCCUCUUCAGGGCAACCACAGCACAGAGGAGCGCUUCCUCCUGCUGGGCUUCUCCGACUUGCCCUCCCUGCAGCCUGUCCUCUUCGUCCUCGCCCUCCUCUGCUACCUCCUGACUCUGAUGGGCAACUCGGCGCUGGUGCUGCUGGCGGUGCGCGAGCCGCGACUACACACGCCCAUGUACUACUUCCUCUGCCACCUGGCCCUGGUGGAUACGGGCUUCACCACAAGCGUGGUGCCACCCCUGCUGGCCAACCUGCGCGGCCGGGCCCUGAGGCUGGAGCGCGGCGGCUGCCUGGCGCAGCUGUGCGCAUCGCUGGCGCUGGGCUCGGCCGAGUGCGUCCUCCUGGCGGUGAUGGCUCUGGACCGCGCAGCCGCCGUAUGUCGUCCGCUGCGCUACGCCGGCCUCGCCUCCCCCCGCCUCUGCCACACUCUGGCCGCUGCCGCCUGGCUCGGUGGCCUCACCAACUCUGCCGCGCAAACCGCGCUGCUGGCCGCUCGGCCGCUGUGCGCGCCCGGUCGGAUGGACCACUUCAUCUGCGAGCUGCCCGCGCUGCUCCAGCUGGCCUGCGACGGCGGCGGCCAGGACUCCACCGAGCGCCAGAUGUUUGCUGCCCGCGUGUUCAUCCUUCUGGUGCCGUCCGCCGUCAUCCUGGCCUCUUAUGGCGGCGUGGCCCGUGCUGUAUGGGGCAUGAGGACCAGAGGCAGCCGCAGGAAAGCGGUGGGCACCUGUGGGUCUCACCUGACAGCCGUCUGCCUGUUCUAUGGCUCAGCCAUCUACACCUACCUGCAACCCACGCACAACUACAACCAACGGCGGGGCAAGUUCAUUUCUCUUUUCUACACUGUAGUCACACCCGCCCUCAACCCACUCAUCUACACCCUCAGGAAUAAGGAAGUGAAGGGGGCAGCGAGGAGGCUCCUGGGGGGUGUGGGGAGAGGACAAGAUGCACAGUGAGUCAAUCGGGGAGGGAAGGAGGGGAGUGUUACCCCAGGGCCCAAGGAUGG